AUGACAACAGAAGCAGCCGGACACACUUUCAACGAGAUCACGGACAUAAUAAUUGGAGGACUUCUCAUCUUCAGUAUAAUAGUUAGUCUCAUUGGGAACAUUCCAGCUUUUCUCUACUUCUGGUCGAUCAGGAAGAAGUCCCUUCAUUUUGCCCUCUACACAAUCGUCAGCGCUGCAGACGUUUGCACGUGCGUCUGCGCGUUCCCAGUGGUCGCUUCUUUGUUCAACAAACGACGCCCUACUUUGUUCAACAACUACACUUUCUGCGGCAUCUGGACUUUAAUAUUCAACUUUCUUCAGAGGUUCACAAUGUUCAUGGUGUUGAUGAUCAGUGCCACAAGAUGCAUUGCUGUUUUCGCACCUUUUUACAAAAUCAACGAGAAAGCAGCCAUGCUGGCAUGUGCUUGUUUUGGGGCAUUCAUCAUCGUAGUUGAUAUAGCAUAUGUUGCCACCGCUGAACUCAGCUUUCUCUACUGGUCUCCUGGUGCCGGCAGCGGAGUGGCUCCGAGUGUUCUGCCUCCCGGAAAAAGCUGGACAAUCUAUAUCCUUUUGCUCCUGGUCAUAAUUUUUGGGAUAUCUUUGGCAGUGUUCGUCAGCUUUGUUCUGAGCACAGUGGCGCUGCUAAGACGAAAAGAGGCCAACACUGAAACCGCCAGAAAGUUCCGAGGGGUAACUGUUACUAUAGCUUUAUUCACCGCAGUUUUUCUGCUGAACAAUCUGCCACUUUUUACUAUGCAGCUCCUGCAAAGCUGUAUUGAAUGGUUUGAGUUGGACGACUUUAUUCAGAAAGUUCCGGUCCUGUUCUGGUACGGUUUUAUGACGAGUCAGUUCUUCUUCACAACACUGAACACUGCUCUGAAUCCUUGUCUGUAUUUAGUGCGGAUGGAAAAGUUUAGAACGUGGGCAUUUCAACGUUUUAGAAAACCAUCUGCACUCUACACUGUCAACAGUACAUAUCAGUCCAAUAAUUUGGCGUCGCUGGCAGAAGCACAGAGGUACAAAAGAAAUUAUUAA